AGCCACCCUCCGGAACCAUCACUUUGUGUCUGUUAAUGUCACCUUCUGCACGACUGCACUUAUUUCUGAGUUUGCAUCGUUUCUCUAACCAACUUUUUGGGAACUGACAUUGCUUUGGGUAAAAAAAAAUUACCAAUUUAAACACCCAAGUAGAGUGAGUGGGUAGCAGGUAUGAGAACGAUCUGGAGCUUGUGUCUGCUUUGUGUGGCUGGAGGUUUAAGAACAAUCCAUGCAGGCCCCAUCAGGAAGAGCAGCAGGACAGAAGACGGCGCCGCACCACAGGAAGAGGUCAACGUGCUCAUGUUUGGUGUCAUUCAGCUGAGCGAAUCGCUUAGCUAUGUGUUUGAAACCACUGAGGCCAAGAUCGAGAGAAUCAGCCGAACUCUGAGGAGCCAUGAAGACACGCUACAAAAGCUGGGAAGGCAGACAGAGCAGGCUGCAGCGUCGGAGCAGCAGAUAAAAGAAGCUGUGAAGGCAUUACAGGCCCAGAUGGCAAAGCAACAGGCUCAGACUCAGCUCACUAAAGAUCGACUGAGCAGCAUGGAGCAGGAGGAGGAGCAGCUGAAGACCAAAGUGAAAAGACUGGAGAUGCUCAUGGACGACCCGGUGCACGGCAGCAUCAGGGAGCUGAAAGCUCAAGCAGAGGAGCACUCCAGCAUCUUGCAGGGUUUACAGCUCUUGAUCCAGUUUCAAAAGGAGAACAUUGAGACUCAGAAUAAGCAGCUUUCCAAAAUGCAGGAGAUGAGCCGGGGGACACCAUAACGUGUCAUCUCUCUGAACAACGUUUCUCAAGUUCAACUCCUCAACAUAACUGCUGCACUCCUAACUCUGCAGUAAACGGAUGUGUGCUCAACUAUUUUGUAUCUUUAAUGUCUUUUUUUUAAGAAUAUUCAGAGCUAGAAUUGUUAAAUUAUUAUUAUUUCUCUCGUCUGUAAAUGCAUAAUUAUAAACAUUGCAUGGCUUUUUAUUUUUAAGGUCUACAUUUUAUUUAUUCUGCUAAACAACAAAUAUAUAUAUAUAUGAUAUAAAACAGCAAUAAAAAUGUGUUUCAUUUAGAAAUAUUCUGGGAAAUCUCUUUGUGAUUUUGUGUAAAAGUACAAACUGGCCUGAAAGCAAAAAAAAGAGAUUGUGAUAAAAGACAAAUCAAUACUGGCACACGGCGAAGCAUGCAUGUACUGACCUGGUCAACAUCUGUU